AUGGACGCUGAUGUUAAGGAGGCUCGGCGACACAUUGCCUCCUUGGGACGAACGAAGGCUUGGAGGGCAGUUUUACAGACCUUCCUGGACUUUCCAGGUGCCGAUGGGCGUCUCAACAAUGCAGCGGCGGCCGCGUGUACCAGAGGUUUGGCUUGGAGUUCCGCCCUGGAGCUUUUGCAGGCCAUACCUCGGGCGGCGCUGCGGGGCAAUCAGGUGACCUUCAACACGGCUGCCACAGCAUUCGAGAAGGGUUCUCAGUGGCAGAAGGCCGUCUCCUUACUGCACGCUGCAGGCGCCGAUGUCGUUACAUUCUCGGCGGCCUGUAGUGCCCUGGCACGAGGAGCUCCCGACGGCUGGCAGCUGCCCUUGGAGUUGCUGCGGAGCUUCCAGCAGCGGAGCCUCGAGUUCGAUGUGGUGUUUUGUGCUAGCGUGCUCAGUGCCUGUGAGAAGGGCCCGCGCUGGGAGAUUGGUAUCGAGUUGUUAGACUGGAUGCGUUCCUCACUGGACCUUCCACUGAACUUGUUCUGUUUCGGUGCUGCGAUUAGUGCAUGCCGGAAAGGCUCCAAUUGGCAGGGCGCAUGGGCCUUGCUCGAGGAUAUUUGGUCCUCGGCUUUGCAACCUGACUUGGUGGCCUUUAAUGCCACGAUCAGCUCUUGCGAAAAGGCCCAGCGCUGGGAAUUUGCCAUUGAACUCUUGGAGAUGAUGAGUCUCCAGCAAGUCCCGCCCGACGUGGUGAGUUUCAAUGCCACAGCGAGCGCCUGCGAGAAACGUGCGCAGUGGAGCUGGGCUCUUUGGGUCUUCUCGCAGUUGAAGAGGACAAUCCCAGUAGAAAAGCAGAAAGGUGCCUUGCUGAAUAUCAGCAAUGCCUGUGUCAGCGCGUGUGCAAAGGCACUGCGCUGGCAAGAAGCUUUACUCCUGGGGCAGCAGAUCGAUCGACCAGAUAAGGUCACCUACAAUGGUCUAUUGUGUGCCUGCCGCGCCUCCGGUGGCAGCCGCUGGCCCAUGUUGCUGCAGCUCGUGAUCGAGAUGUCCAGGCACCUGGUGAUGCCUGGGGUGGACGCCUAA